AUGAAAGCUCGCAAAGGCGGUUCCCAUGAAGAGGUAUUUAAACCCGAAAGCUUGCAAAGGUGUGAAAAGGACUUCUUCGAGGUGACGCUGCUGGACUUUUUGAAGGGCACUUGGCUGGAGUCUCGGCGGCAGGUUUUUCUGGAGUCUCGUCGCCUUUCUGAAAGGAAGCGGCCAAGGCCGUUUCGACAGACGUUCUCCGGGGAGAUGGGCAACGCAGCAGACUUGUCCAGUCGCUUCGAGCGCUGUGACGUCAAAACUGAUGUUGGGAAGUCGAAACGGCGUCAACUCAUAAACGUCGUGAGUGCCGUUCGUUGUAACUUGAAACGUCUCACGUGGAAAACUGCCUCUUUGCAGCUCCAGAAGUUGUCUCUUCACAGACUGCUGCAACACUGAAAGAAUAAGAUCACUUGCUCUUCUCUCUGUGUCUACCUGCAGGGAACCUUGUCCCUUCCUUCAAAAUGCCAACUCUUCAUCCAGGCACCAGCAUGCAAAACCAUGGAUUGGGGCUUCAACAUCUCCCCUCACUACUUGAAGAAACCAGAACCCCAGAAACUGGGCCUACUGCGAUCCGAUAUGAAGACCCUAAAGAAGUCUCCAAAGCCAGCCGUUUACCUCAGACUCGUGGGGCUGAUUCCAUUUGUUUCAGUGCCAGUGGUAAAGGUCAUCCAAAAGACUUACCACCCUGAGCUGGCAUUUACUCAGGUUUCCUGUGAAGCCUGUAUAAUCUUUUUUCUAGAAGAAACCUGGUGAGGAUUUGCUGUCCCAGAACACAGCCCUACGAGUCCAGAUUAGCUGAAUUUGGCCAUAUGUACAGUUCCUCCUUUAAUAGCCUGGCUUGCUUUACUCUUCUGAAAUGACUUCAGUGAAGCUGCAGUCAUGUUGAUAAUUGGUUUAGGCAUAGCAAAACAUUAUGACCUUGCCCUCCUUCCUACUUAUCCUUGUUGAUUGAUUUAAAGCUCAAAGGGGAAUUUUAACAGCACUGGCUGUACUUUGGCAGUGCUGGCUGACACGGCAUAGAUGACCAAUCUUCCAGAGAAGCAAUUAAGUAACAGAGAAAAAUAAGAGCAAAUGAAAACAAAACAACUCAACAGAAGAGACUUGUUAGAUGUUUCUGUAUUGUGUCUUAGUGGGAAUAUAAUGUUUCACCUCCUUCCACUUCCAGCCUAGAACCUUAACUGGAAAUUGGAAGCCAGCAAUAUACAAAGCAGUGCAUUUGAGAUCAAAGGCAAAGAAGGACUUGCAUCUGUCACCAUUAAGACUGUUUUCAAGACAUGUGCACCUUCCCUGAGUGAGGUUUUAGGAUCCUGCUGCAAAACAAGUCUUCAAACUGAAUUGCUCAGUUUCAAUAUUAAAGUGGUGAUGGGGAUAGGUGGUUUAACUGAAGUGUGACAAGUUCUGCAGCAGGAAGAAUGAACUCACAGCUUUCAUAAAGAUUACACAUCUUUUGGAGAAAAGCCCUGUUCGUUCUCCCUGAGUGGAACAACACCUGCAGUGUAGGUGCUUUUGAUGACUGGAAGGAGCUGUGCCAGGUCAUAGUAUAUUCAGCAGUUUUUCUGGAAAUGCUGGCUAUGAAUUGCUCAAUGCAACAGGUAAAAGCAACUCUUCCCUUGCCCAACUUCAACUGAAGAGAAAUCGAAGAGUUAUUGGUAAUUAUGAGUUAAUAAUAAUAUAAUGAAUGCAGUACACAAAAGGUGUCAAGCUGAGAUCAGUGCUUACCUCAGUAAUGUCAACUAAAUGUGGUUAACUGUACUUCACCUGUUUAAAAAAAAAACGAAAGUAAGUGGACCUUCUCUAAGAUGCCUCCUGUAACAACUACGUACUGGCUUCCAACACAAAGAUCCUUCUCAUUAAAGUUAACUAAGGACCCAAUCCAGGCUGAACAUGCACUUCAGGGUUAAUCACUCUCUUCCCCACCUUCCCGACAACCUUAGCUAAAAAAGUGCACUGGCACAAGGAGAGCUACUCAUAAGAUUUGGCAGAAGGCUUGGGGCUCGAGUCUUUUUUUUUUUUUUUUUUGUAAAGCAAGCUAGUUUGUUCUCCUGCGUGAGCUGAGCAACUACGUUCUAGGCUGGUCAAGAGAAUGCAAAUGUACUAAGUAGCAAAUGUCAACCCUGCAUCACAGGUGUUCAUGAUAGUCUUCUCUUGCCCCUCAUUCCUGUUACAGCCAGCGAGAGCAGAAAUUUAAGUGGGGAGGGACUAUGUACAUUUUCAGUUGUGGUCUAGUAUUCCUACGUGCAGGUGCACAUGCUAGAAGAUAGAAAGAUAGCAAUCAGUGGGUAUUUAAGAAUGAGUUAAAGAAGUUUUACUAAAUGCUAGUUUCCAAGGGAAUAGAGGGAAAUGUUCACUACUGUAAGGUCUGCAGUUUAAUAAAGUUACUUCCCUACACUA